UGUGCGUCAAGUAAUUAUGAUAAUACAUUGAUUUCCCAGGAGUGCUAACACCAGGAAUGAAGUUAUUUCCCCCCUUCCCCUCCCUCUCUCUCGCUCAAUCCUUUCCGUCAGCCAAUCCCAUCUCGCCUUAUCCGCCCGCACUCGAGCUUGAGGAUAAAAUGGUAAAAAUAAAAGUAAAAAGUAAAAAGAAAAAAAGGAAGGCAACGGAAAAAAAACACAAUGACGAAAUGAGGCACGGGGGAAGGAACAUGACAAAAAAGAAAAAGGGAAAGGAAACAAAAGAGAGAAGACCAAAAUACCCGAUUACCAGAAUCCCCCCCCAUCCAUCAUGACAAUAAUUAUGAAAGCCAAAAUCAAAAAGAGACUAAUACCCUGAAAAUAACCCAAACAAGGAAAAUUCAAGCUCCGGUAGAAACGAGACGGAAAUGGAAAAA